AUGGACCUGAAACUUGAGCAGAGAGCAAACAUCAAAUUCUGUGUCAAACUCGGGAAAUCAGCAACAGAGAGCCUUGAAAUGCUUAAGCAAGCCUAUCGCAAUGAAGCAAUGAGCCGGGAUCGUUGGAUCACCAUCAAGGAAUUUGCUGACAUCGUCAACGUGUCAUUUGGAACAGUUCACGCAAUCCUCACAUCCGAUGGCAAUUGGGUGCUCCAUCAUGACAACGCGCCCCCUCACAGAGCAUUGAAAAUACGCGAGUUUUUCACUAGGACCAACAUGAUCGUCUCUUCUCAUCCCCACUACUCGCCGGAUUUGGCUCCCUGCAACUUCUUUCUCUUCCCCAAGAUGAAGUCCAAUCUGAAGGGUUACCGUUUUGAAACAGUGGAGGCAAUUUAG